CUACAGCAUAAAUGAAAUGCACCCACCAACAACCCACUCACUCACUCAAGUUCUUCUUCCUCCGAGCUUCUUCAUCCACCAGCAAUGGAGAGUCAACGCAGCGGCAGCGGUAGAGAAGAAACCCUCAACGGUAGUCCUCACCUCAAAGCCCCACUCAACACGCUCCAUGUCGACCGCUGCACCCCCGCGCACCGCGUGCACGCGCUCCUCUACGCCGGCGCCAUCCUCGGCCUGGUGUGCCACCGGCUGACCUCCAUUCUAGCCUCCUCCUCGCUCGCCGAGGGAUGGAUGCUGCUGGCGGAGCUCGUCCUGGCCUUCAUGUGGGGCUGCUCGCGGGCGUUCAAGUGGCGGCCGGUGCGUCGCCGCGAGUUCCCCGACAGACUGCCGGAGGGUGGCGCCUGGCCGAAGCUCGACGUGUUCGUGUGCACGGCUGAUCCGAGGAAGGAGCCCCCGGUCGGGGUUGUGAGCACAGCCCUCUCGGCCAUGGCCUUCGAGUACCCCGCGGGCAAUCUGUCGGUGUAUGUUUCCGACGACGGCGGCGCGGAUGUGACGCUGUUCGCGUUCAUGGAGGGCGCCAGGUUCGCGCGGCACUGGCUGCCGUUUUGCAGGGAGAAUGGCGUGCAGGUGCGGUCGCCGGAGGUGUUCUUUGCUUCUUCUUCUUCUUCUUCUUCUGGAUGUUCUGCCGGUGGCGGCGAUGCGGAUAAGCUGAAGGUGAUGUACCAAAACAUGGUACAGAGGGUGGAGGAUGUGAUGGAGAAAGGCAUCCAUGUCGACAGUGUCGAAUUGGACUUGUCUGAAGAACAACAACAGAUUUUUAAAAGGUGGAAAGAAUAUUCUGGCAACAACCAUCCAUCAAUUAUUCAGGUUCUUCUUAAAAGCAAUGAGGAUAAAGAUAUUACCGGGCAAGCCAUGCCCAAUCUGAUUUACUUUUCAAGGGAGAAGCGUCCUGGUUUUCCUCACCACUUCAAAGCUGGGUCCCUUAAUUCUCUGCUCCGUGCCUCGAGCAUCCUAACAAAUGCACCAUUGAUCCUAACAAUCGACUGUGACAUGUACUCCACCGACCCGACCUCACCUCAACGCGCACUAUGCUAUUUUCUAGACCCUAUUGCUUCAAACAAGCUUGCAUAUGUUCAGUUCCCUCAACGUUUUCAAGGACUCAACAAGAGCGACAUAUAUGGAGGUGAGUUGAAGCACCUCUACAAGAUGAACCCUUAUGGCAUGGACGGGUUUGGUGGGCCAAAUUACCUUGGAAGCAAUACAUUUCUAUCAAGGAGGGCAUUGUUUGAUUCAUCAUUGGAAGGUGAAAGUGGUCGUGAUCUGCUCGAACCAGAGAAGGUUUUGGAAAUGGCAACUAAGGUUGCAGCAUGCAACUAUGAGACGGGGACAAAAUGGGGCAAAACUAUUGGAUUCCGUUAUGGUUCACUUUCAGAGGAUUUACACACCGGCUUUUGGCUGCAAUGCGAAGGUUGGAAUUCCGUGUUUUGUGACCCGCCACAGGCUUCCUUCCUAGGUGAUGCACCAAAGACCCUGCACGAUGCACUUAGCCAGUGCAAGAGGUGGACUGUGGGGCAAUAUGAGGUGGGAUUUACUCGACACUCAACCUUAACCUUUGGAGUCAGAAAAACAUCUCUUGGUUUGGGGUUGACUUACUCCCAUCUUGCCUUUUGGGGUCUUUGGUGUAUCCCUAUCACCACAUAUGCUCUUUUGCCACAGCUGGCUCUGGUCAACAGCAGGCCAUUAUUUCCAAAGUCAUCAGAUCCAUGGUUCUAUCUCUACGCAUACCUCUUUGUGGCAGCCUAUACCCAAGACAUGCUCGACUUCAUUUACCACAAGGGCACGUUAAGAUGUUGGUGGAGUGACCAGAGGAUGUGGCUUAUGCGUAGCCUCACCUCGUUCACCUUCGGUUCAAUCCAAUUUGCAUGCAAGCAGCUCAACAUCUCCACCCAAAGUUUCAAUGUGACAAACAAGGUCAUGGACGAUGAACAACUCAAGCGGUACGAUGAGGGCACUUUCGAUUUUGGUGUAGAUUCUCCAUUCUUCGUCAUACUAAGCACAGCGGCAUUGCUCAAUCUGUGUGGGUUCCUGGUGGGAAUUUUCAGAUACAACAUCAACAUGGUUGCAGAAAUGCUGUUAACUGGAUAUGGCGUGGCCAAUAGCUGGCCGAUAUAUGAGGCAAUGUUUCUCAGGACUGACAAUGGCAAGAUGCCUGACAGAGUGAAACUUCGAGCUUUUUUAUUGACUGGCAUUGUGCUUGCUGGGGGUUUUCUGGUAUUUAAUGCUUAACAUUUUGUGUCCUGCUUAAUCUGCAGCGGACACCGCAAGUGAACGAUUUGUGUAUUUGCACUUGACGGCAUUUGGAUCAAAUUCAUAUCCAAAGCCAUUCUAAAUUUCUGAUCCAUGCGAUCAAAUUUAUAAAAUUUCUAAAUGUAUAUAAAAUUGAUGAUGUAUUUGUUCAGUUCCAGU